ACGGGGGCGGGGCUGGAGACGCGAGGGGCGGGACUCCGGCGUCGCCGGCGGUGGACCGCGGGUUCCGGCUCCGGGAGGGAUGGAGGCGGGCGGCGUGGCCGACUCGCUCCUUUCCGGAGCUUGUGUGCUCUUCACCCUCGGCAUGUUCUCCACCGGCCUCUCGGACCUCAGGCACAUGCGGAUGACUCGGAGCGUGGACAGUGUCCAGUUCCUGCCCUUUCUCACCACGGAUUUCAACAACCUGAGCUGGCUGAGUUAUGGGGCCUUGAAGGGUGAUGGGACUCUAAUCAUCGUCAACACCGUGGGUGCUGUGCUUCAGACCCUGUAUAUCUUGGUAUAUCUGCACUACUGCCCUCGAAAGCAUACUGUGCUCCUUCAGACUGCAGUCCUGCUGGGGGUCCUUCUCCUGGGUUUUUGCUACUUAUGGUUGGUGGUGCCAGACCCUAAGGCCCGGCUUCAGCAGCUGGGCCUCUUCUCCAGUGCCUGCACCAUCAGUAUGUACCUCUCACCACUGGCUGACUUGGCCAAGGUCAUUCAGACUAAAUCAACUCAACGUCUCUCCUUCUCACUCACCAUUGCCACCCUCUUGACCUCUACCUCCUGGACCCUCUACGGGUUUCGACUCAGAGAUCCCUACAUCAUGGUGCCCAACUUCCCAGGGAUCCUCACCAGCCUCAUUCGCUUCUGGCUUUUCUGGAAGUACCCCCACAAGCAAGACAGGAACUAUCAGCUCCUGCAAACCUGAGGCAGUUCACCUGAUCACUGGCACCUUAAGGCCAACUUAUUACCAAAGAGAGUGCCUAAUUUCAGCUGUUCCUGCCAACCAGUUCCCCAGGUGCAGUGGGUUGUGGGAAAGAAGUAACUGAAAAUUGAGAAACCAAAAAAGAAACAGUUUUAGUUAGAGGAUUAGGAGAUGAACCACUUUAUUUCUUAGAGAUCCUAUUUUCUAAUUUUGGAGGUUGGGGUGAAAUCUUUAGAAUGUGCCUUAAAAUAAACUUCCCUAUCCUUGCCCCUCAA